AAUGCCGGCUAUAAAAAAGAAAAUUCAAAUUUUGCAAACACUAAACCCCUUAAAGAGAGCUCAGGAAUUUAUUCAAAAUAAGAAAGAUACUGAAAUUGCAAAAAUUAGAGAUUUAAAAAGGGGUGAAGAAUUUGCCAAUAAAUGGAUAGUGGUAGCUGUAAAACACACACAUAAGAGCUCUAAAAAGUAUGAUUGUAAAAAAAUUACAGUAAAUAAUCCUGAAGAUGAAGAUGAAAUGAUAGAUUGUUACUUUACAAUGGAAUAUAGUAGAAUAGCAGAUGCCGUUGAAACUGGGGAUGUUAUUAUAUUAAACAAAGUAACCAUUAAUCCUUCAAUCAACAAACACGGACCACAUCCAUUUAGGAUAGAAACUAGAACAAAACCUCAAAAUUUGACCGAAGUAUGGAUAUUUAUUCCCCCGGCUAUUUUUUCAUUGGAUAAUGAGAUUACUUUGUUAAAAAACUUGACUAUGUCUCAACAUACAUUUAACGUCAGUGGGAUUCUUACCUAUUGCGAUUCUGUAUCAAGAGUAAAGAAUAAUAGUUGCCGAUUUUUUCUUAAACUGAUGGAUGAAACUUUAGAAAAUAGUGUACCAAUAACAUUAUUCAGCGACAAUGAGAAUGAGAUGCCUACGUCUAAUAGUAUUGGUGAUAUAUUUGUUAUAAAAAGAUUACGAUGUAAAUUAUUUAAAGGGAAAUUACAGUGCACUGCAUCCACAGGCUGGGGAGCUGUAUGGUUAAGAUUUUCAGGUGAUAUCAAUUCCUCAUUAACGCCUGUGAUUUAUGGUCAAAGGAAGUUUAGACUUAAACGAACGGAUAUUAAAUAUGUGGUUGAGUUGAGAAAAUUUUGGAUGACCAGAAAAGCGCUUCUCUUUCAGCCUAGAAGCUUAAAUUCCUCAUCAGCAUACGCAAUAAGUGAUUCGAUAAAUCAAAACUUUCCAUUUUCCUUAAGAUGUAAAGUUUUGGCAAUAAUUGAUAUAGAUGAUAAAAUUUUACUUAAAAUUUGGGAUGGAACAAGAAGUCAAUUAAACCUAAUGAAUUCAGCAUUAACCAAUUAUAUAGGGUCUAUUAGAGAAAUUACACCAUUCCUUGGUUUAGUUUGGAACGAUUCCUAUGAUGUCCAUGUACACAAGAAAUUUUAUGAACAAAUUAAGCGCAUCAAAGUUGAAGAUACUGUAUUACUGAGAAAUCUUAAUAUUAAGCAUAAUGAAGGCGACAUAAAUGAAAUUUAUAUUAGUCUGAGUAAUACUGAUGCUAAAAAUAUUGAGAUUGCUGAUAGUAAAGUAAAGGACAAUCUAAGCGACUUUAGACGCAAGAUUAAAGGUGACAACUUUGGAACAUUAAAUCGUCUUUGCUAUACUGGAUUCAUUUGUCAACUAGUAGGAAAAAUAUAUUCUAAAAAUACUUCUGAAGGAAUAUAUAGGAAAGCUAGUUGCAUUUUGAUUGCUUGGGAUGGAAAUCGUAAUUUAAGAUUUAUGACUUUAAAGCCGAAAUCAGAUGAAAUCGAAGAAAUAGAUACUUCAGCUUUCCCUUCAGAAGACUAUCUACAUUACAUUUUAGCAUAUGACGAGCAUGCUGAAGUUGCACGUAACAUAAAGGCAUAUUCUAUUAAAUCUUUAAUUGGUCAAUAUAUAGAAGUAAUUAAUGCUGAUAUUCGAAAGAAGAGUAAUACUAGUUUCUAUGCCAUUAGCGUACAUGGAGGUGGCUCCAAAUACAAAAGAGGAGUUUAUAACCUAAAAGAUGAAGAUCCAAGAUUAUCAGUUAUAAAAAUGUUUCAACAGCUUGCUACCGCCCAAACAAUAAAAAAGGAGGUUACGAAUAAUAUUAAAGUAGAAUUUGAUGAUGAAGAAGAAUUCAAUAGUAUUCUAUUUACUCAAGCUAUUGAUACAGAAAUUCAUCACGACGGUGAUUUAAUUAGCUUAAAAAACUUGAUGACGAAUGAUAAAAAGCCUAAAAUAUGUACGGUGCAAGCCUCCAUUUCAAAUUUUACAAGCAUAAAUAACCUAGAGUUUUUACAAUUCUAUUGCCCAUAUUGCCUCUUCGAGUGUAAUCUUCCUAGAAGCCACGAAAGAUGUUUAAAAUUUAGUGAUUCAAAUUUGCAAUUGAUCAACAAUUGGGAAAUAGAAAAGAUGGAUGAAAGCGAUCUUACGUCUUUUGUUUGUCAGAAAUGCUUUGAAAUUUGUGUUAAUGCUGAAGCUCAUAAUGUUGGUAUCCCUUUUAUGAAACUAAGGAUGAAAUUAUAUCUAACUUUACAAGAUAAUCAAGAUAAUCUUACUGUUAAAUUAUCAGGGGAGAAUGCGGUUUGUGCAAUAAAAGAGAAUUUAUCCUCAAAAGGGAAGGUUCUGAAAUAUUUUGAAAGUAAACGCGUUAUAAAUGAUUCUAUCCUAAUGGGUAAGCCAGAGGAUCAAUUCGCUGAUGUAGAUGAGGAUGUCUUAUGCGAUGCAGCAAAAGAGCACUUGAAUAUAAUUUCUAAACCAGAAGAGGUAAAAGAAAUUAUUGAUGAUGCCUAUAAUUCUGAAGAUUCUGACUAUGACGAAGAAUUGGAGUAUAAUGAUUGGGGAGAUGAGACAGGAGAUUUUACAAAAAAAUUAAAUGCAAGUACAUAUAGGCCAAAUUCACAAGCUGAUCAAGCCAGACGUAAUUUAAAGUAUCAACCUCAUGAGAAAGCACUCGGAAAAUAUUCUAAUAAAAUAUCAGUUGAAAAAUAUAGCGGGCCAUUAUUACCGUCAACAGUAACUAAUAGAGUACUUGAAAACAGCAGGAAAAAUGAUAAUGAAAGACAACGAAAAGAUAAAUCAGAUAGAGCAACUGCAGAGCAAGUUAUGGAUCCUAGAACUCGGAUGAUUCUAUUUAAAUUGUUGAGUAGACAAAUCCUAACUGAAAUCAAUGGAUGUAUCUCAACCGGAAAAGAAGCAAAUGUAUAUCACGCAACUGGUAAAGAAAAUGAACAAAGAGCUGUCAAAGUAUAUAAAACGUCAAUCCUGACAUUUAAGGAUAGAGAUAAAUACGUAACUGGUGAAUUUAGAUUUAGACAUGGUUACUGUCGUCAUAAUCCCAGGAAAAUGGUUAGAACCUGGGCUGAAAAAGAGAUGCGUAAUUUACUGAGAAUACAUCAAGCUGGAAUUCCUUGUCCAGAGCCAAUCAUCCUUAGGAAUCAUGUCUUAGUUAUGGAAUUUUUGGGAACUUCAGGAUGGCCUUCACCAAAAUUAAAAGAUGUUGAAAUUAAUCAAUCAAAAGCAAGAGAACUAUACUUACAAAUUAUAAUAAUAGUCAGGAACUUGUUUCAAAUAGCAAAAUUGGUUCAUGCUGAUUUAAGUGAAUUUAACAUGCUUUACCACGACAAUAAAGCUUAUAUUAUUGAUGUGUCUCAAUCUGUAGAACACGAUCAUCCGCAUGCCUUGGAAUUCCUUCGCAAAGAUUGCACAAAUGUUAAUGAUUUUUUUAAAAAGAAGAAUGUUAGUACAAUGACUGUUCGAGAAUUAUUCGAUUUUGUUACCGAUCCAAAUAUUAGUAAUGAAAAUAUUGAUGAAUAUAUAGAAAGGGCCAUGGAAAUUUCAGAGAGUCGUACUGUCGACGAUGUUUCUGCUCAAGAAAAGGUGGAUGAGGAGGUCUUUAAGAAUGUAUUUAUUCCACAGACCCUGGAAGAAGUCGUUCACUAUGAAAGAGAUGUUAAGAGAGUAAAAGAAGGCUUUGAUACGGAAUUUAUUAAUUAUCAGACGAUUAUGGGUUUAAAAACUGAUUUAUCUGGUCCCCAAGCCACUCCUGGUUUAUUGGAUGAUGAUAAAAACAUGCAAGAUAUUGAGUUAUCCAACAGCGAUGAAUCGCAAAAUUCCGACACCGAUGAGGAGGAGAAUGAGGAAGAAGGGAAUUGCAACGAUGAAGAUACGCAAAAUAAGAAAAAACUUCAUGACCGACCGAGAGAUGAAAGUCCUAAUAGCCGGAAAGAAAGAAAAAAGGCAGUAAAAGAAGAAAAAAGAGAAAAGAGGAAAGAUAAAUUACCGAAGCAUGUAAAAAAGAGGAAAAUAAAAGUAGCACAGCAGAAGAAGAAAAAAUGA